UCCAAAUGGGUGGUACCUUGAUCAAUGUUAUGGUGGUAGUCUUAGUUCUUUCUUUCGUUCUGAAUUCGAUUCACUAUGAAGUUGAAGGAGGACAGAGUGUAUCUGAAGAAGAAGACAUGGAGUUAGAAAGACAACUCGAGAGUCUUAAUAAGACGCCCAUCAAAACAUUUCAUUUUGAAUUCGGAGAUGUCAUUGACUGUGUCGACAUCUACAAGCAACCUGCAUUUGAUCAUCCCGCACUAAAGAACCACAAAAUCCAGCUUAAAUUGGAUAAUCCUCCGAAAAGGCAUAUUAUGGAGAAAACUACACCAAUUAAUAACGAUGAACCUAAAACUUCAGAAAUUAAGGCUUAUGGUAUUGAAUGCCCAGAAGGAGCAGUGCCAAUCAGAAGGACAACAAAGGAAGAUCUUAUCAGAGCAAAAUCUUUCACAAAAGCCAGAAAUGACUCCAACGUUAGUAAUAACUUUGGGCAGCAGCAUGCAAUUCUUAGGCUCGACAAUGGAUAUCAACAGUUCUAUGGAGUCAAUGGUGAAUUCACUACAGCUCAUAUUAUUAUUGUUGGUAGUGGAAAAAAUGAGCAAUUAAACAAUAUACAAGUUGGACUUGCGGUCCACCCACAUGUACUCGGUGAUCACCUAACUCGAAUGUUUAUCUAUUGGACUGCUGAUGGUUCCGAUAAAACUGGCUGUUACGAUCUUCUCUGCCAAGGUUUUGUUCAGAUCGAUCGAUCUCUUUUCCCUGGUAGCCCUGUCACUAACAUUUCAACUUAGGGUGGUCGUCAAUUUAUAACUCGUUUCUGUGUUUAUCAGGAUCGCAAACAAAAGGUGUGGGGAUUGGCCGAAUUCCAUAUUUAGUGGUUCGCUAAGUAAAGGAUUCGCAAACGGAUUAAAUUGGGGAGGAAUAACGAAGGCAGGAUCACAUGUGGGGAUAAAUCCUGCAAUGGGGAGUGGUCAUUAUCCCGAUGGUGUUUUCGGGCACUCAGGUUUCUUUCAUUGGGUUCAGUACGUGAAUGGAUUUAAUAAAUUAAUAGAUCUUAACGAUACACCAUUGAAAGCAUUUGUGGAUUGUGAGUGGUAUAAUAUAACUAAUGUUGGAUACACUAGUGACCAUGGGAAUACUAUCUACUUUGGUGGAAGAUGUCAAGAUGUCGAGCGCAGAGCUGAACGCCUGAACCAUAAAAGUGUUGAUGGAUAACUGGAGAGCUGAACCAUUUUAGUUAUUUUGCGACUUUUGUUUGUAGUUCCUGAUGCUGUUGUUAGUUCGUAGGUUUUGCGUUAUCAAAAAUAAAACAGAUUGGAAACUUGUUACAUAAUCAUUACGGAUCAAUCAAACUUCUUAACCAAUUUCCAAUA